AUUUGUGACUUGUAUUAACUAGUUUAAUAUCAAUUACCAUGGCUGAUACUGAAAGUACCAACGCUGCAGCUUCGGCACCCGCACAAUCCCCGGUAAAGAAGGAAAAGAAGGCGAAAAAUCCACGCACCAAACCGUCUCAUCCACCAACCGCCGAAAUGGUUAACAACGCCAUCAAAGGUCUCAAAGAACGUGGAGGUUCAUCUCUCCAGGCCAUUAAAAAGUAUGUUGCGGCUAACUACAAGGUUGAUGCCGAAAAAGUUGCACCUUUCAUCAAAAAAUACUUGAAGAGCGCCGUUGUCAGUGGUGCUUUGGUUCAAACCAAAGGAAAGGGAGCAUCUGGAUCGUUCAAAUUGGCGUCUGCGACAUCUGGAUCUGCCAAACAAUCCGCUGCCGGUGAUAAGAAGAAAGCCACCAAAGCCAAGAAGUCUCCAGCCAAGAAAGCCGCUGCUGCGACCACCGCUGACAAACCCGCAAAGGCUGCCAAGAAAGCAGCUUCUCCCAAGGCCGCCUCCAAGAAAACAGCAACCGAAAAGAAGGCAACAGUUGCAAAAUCAGCUAAAAAGCCAGCAGCUGAAAAGAAAGUCACAGCUGCCACAGCUAAAGCUGCAGCCAAAGCUAAGUCUCCAUCUAAAGCCAAGAAAUCCAACAAAGCAGGCCCAACCAAGAAACCCAAAGCCCCUAAACCAAAAACCGCCAAGUCUCCAGCCAAGGCUAAAAAAGCUGCCUCCCCAAAAAGGAAGAAGUGAACAUCGACUAUCCAAUACCCGAAAGGCAAAC